UCUAUUAGCGGGACCACGAAGCCGUGUUAUCGUAUCAACGUCAUUUGCAUGCAGGGUGCUGCGAUAACUGAGCGUGGGCGAUGCCUCUACCUAACAUGUUUCCUAUUCACUCAAACGUGAUACUUCCAAUAAAUUAUACGUAGCUGUAGCUCUCAGUGCAUAACCUAAGAACUCUUAAACCUAUCGAGUAAAUGUACUAGUAGGUAGCUAUAGGUAAAUCGAUAGUUAUGUAAUCGAAACUUUGUAAGCUCUCCAUUUUUCAUGAAAGUUUUGAUAAGCCUUAAUUGUUGUUUGCGUGGAGUGGCUCAAGUGUAGAGGGCCGUGGAGUCCAGUGCUAAUAUCGCGUUAUCUAAUGAUGAUUGGUGUGUAACAUCGAGUCGGUGCGUCGUUAUGUAGGCGGCGAAGUGGCAGCACGUGAAUGGACGGGCGCGGGAUCGAUAGAGCCGAGUGCGCAGGCUCGCGCGCGGCCACUCAGCUGGCGCCCCGCGACACCCGCGACUCCAGCAACUCGUGCCUCAGUGUCCACAGUGAGCGAGCUAAGUGUAUCAGCUGUAUCUCGAAUAUGUUCCAGUGUUAUCGGCGGCUCUAAACGAUGUAAUGAGCCGCCUGUCAAUACGGCAGGCCCUCUGGGCGCUGGCGAUGCUCAGCACGCUGGCGCCCUCGCAUGCCGAUGGAAACAUAGGUUGCUUAUUUAGCUCAUCAUUAUGCGUCGAAGGCGUGGAGUGGUGUUACGACGAUUUCGCCUUCGGUAAAUGCAUACCAGUCUAUGAGCGGGAAGUAGAAGACGGUUCCCUGUACCGGUUCGACAUGAGCUCGGAACAGCUGCAGUGGUUCGAGGGCGAGUUGCAGCGGCUUGCUUCUCGCGGCUACCGCUGGGAGCAUGCCUACACGCAGUGCGUGCUGCAAGCCAUGCUCUACACCCUGAGACAAAACCUCGACCCUGCAACCGUCAAUACCAAGAUUUGCGAACAUUUUACUGACCCCAAACUAAGUGCAGACACAACGGAAACCGAUGAAGAAAACGUAGAAGUUGAACCAGAUGAGACAGCUUACGUUCGAUUUACACCUAAUUCCCCUCUCACAGACUCUGAUUUUGCUAACGAGGUGUAUAAUCCUCCUUUCACGCCUGACGACGACCCGACUCCUUUAAUUGCUAAAGAAGUCGACCUCCCCUAUGAAGGACCAUCAAACGACAAGAUUCGCGACAUUAUGAUAAUGGGUGAAAAUGACGAUUCGCCCGUAAUCGUGCCUUUCUCAGGAUUUAGGGAAAGGCUCCAAGCUGAGAAAGAAGCAAAAACAAUGAACGACGACGACUCUCUACCUGCCGUUAUUAUUGACAAAGAGAAGAAAUCCAUACCUGACAUUCUUAGUGAAAAUGAGCCUGAUAUUGGUUUGACGGAUGAGGAACGUGUGGGGGCCCACUAUCGAAAGUUUAAAACCAAGCCUCCCCCAUUCACUGCGGAGUAUAUCACAAGCAACAGGUUCUCUCCUCUUGACGAAGAAAUUCGUUCCCACGCUUGGAAGAAUUAUAAACAGAGCUUUGCAGAGAAACAUUUCCCUUUCGAGUACGAGAACCCUGGCGAGUUACCGGAACAACGGAUGUAUUCUGAUGAGGAGGGUCUUGAAGAGUUUCCCAUGGAUGCUGGCAGUGGGGAACUUGAUCCUUACCACAUCAAAGAUAAAACAAACGAAUUGAACCCUAAAAAUUCCAAACAAGUGGAAUAUUUUAUGAAGUACUGGCGAGAUCUCAUUGACUCUAAGCAGCAGCCCCAUGGCGCAUUGUACGCCGAGGGAGGCCCGCUCCGAGCUGACGAGCUGCAGGGUGAAAAUCCCAAAUUAUAUCCCGAGGAUAUUCAAGAUUUGCUUAAUAACGAAUGGGGCUUUAAGCGUAGGGAAAGAGACGAUGUUAAAAAGCCUGGGCCACGCCUGGACGCAAAGACAUUAAAGAUUUUAUACCACAAUAAAUCAGUGACAGCACAUGGAAUGCAUCCCCCUGAAAAGAACGCAAAGUCUGGCGACCACGACCAUAACGAUUACGAUUAUGAUCCUUCAUACGCCUACGUCUUGUUUAAAAACAGGUUCCUAACUGACUGGGAGAAAGGCAUCUCAUUUAUUUCAAGACUAGAAGAAAUGCUUGGUUUAGAGAAAAACACUUUUACAAAUCCUCGGGUGGAUCCAAGUGAAGUUACGUUUAAAGUUGAGAAAAACAGCAAAGGUUAUCAAGCUGUUGAUGUGGCCCGUCGCGUCGACAACAUCAAGGAUGAUUUACGGCGUGAGACGGGAGCACAGAUUCUUUCCACUGGAAUUGGUGAUCGCGUAAGUGUAAGUAAGCGUCCAGUUAGUGUGCUUAUGGAUGCUCCUGACCAGCUAAUAUUCGGUCUGGAGCCACCCGUAUUCUUAGCACUAACUGGAAGUCUGUCAGUUUUACUGAUCGGGGCUGUGAUCUUUGCUAUACUAUUGAAACGAGAUAUGAGCGUCAAGCGGAAGAUGCAGGGUCUCUCUUCCGCUGCUGAUAUUGACGCAGAAGCUACAAGAGAUUAUCAGGAGUUAUGUCGUGCUCGCAUGUCGGGCAAAUGGACCGGCCAGCAGACAGCAGCGGCGCCCCCGCACCCUGCCGAGCCGGCUCAACGGAUCACUUCGCUUUCUAAGGAACCCGAAGGCAACUCUCCGUCGACUCGAUCAAGCACUUCUUCUUGGAGUGAGGAACCGGCAUUAACCAAUAUGGAUAUCUCUACUGGACACAUUGUUUUGGCGUACAUGGAAGAUCAUCUCCGCAAUAAAGAUCGUUUGGAGCAAGAAUGGCGCGCUCUGUGUGCAUAUGAGGCCGAACCUUGUGCCACUACAGCUGCCCUGAAACAAGAGAACACUGGCAAGAACCGCUACGCUGACGUCAUGCCCUACGACCACUCCAGGGUUACGCUCAACACGCUGUCUAACCAUCUGGGAUCUGAUUAUAUCAAUGCAUCGACUAUUACUGACCACGACCCGCGCAACCCAGCUUACAUCGCGGCAGCAGGCCCUAUGGCCCACACCGCCCCCGACUUCUGGCAAAUGGUAUGGGAACAAGGCAGCGUCGUAAUGGUCAUGCUGACUCGCCUCACCGAAAAUGGACAACAACUGUGCCACCGCUACUGGCCUGAAGAGGGAUCUGAACUCUAUCAUAUCUACGAGGUUCACCUGGUGAGCGAGCACAUUUGGUGUGACGACUACUUGGUCCGAAGCUUCUACCUGAAGAACCAGCGCACUGGCGAGACCCGGACUGUCACGCAGUUCCACUUCCUCUCCUGGCCAGAGAAUGGCGUACCAUCAUCCACCAAGGCUCUGCUCGAAUUCAGGAGAAAAGUGAACAAGUCGUACAGAGGCCGCUCGUGCCCCAUCGUGGUCCACUGCAGUGAUGGCGCCGGCCGCACAGGCACUUAUUGCCUGAUCGACAUGGUACUGAACCGCAUGGCUAAGGGCGCCAAGGAGAUCGACAUCGCGGCCACCCUGGAGCAUAUCCGAGACCAGCGCACGCGCACUGUUGCCACCAAGCAACAGUUCGAGUUCGUGCUGAUGGCUGUCGCUGAAGAGGUCCACGCUAUCCUCAAGGCUUUACCGGCUCACCUGCAACAACUGCAAGAGAAAAAAGACAAAGACAAGGAAAAGGAAAAAGAUAAGGAUAAGGAAACCCAAAAAGAUGGCAGUGACAAGGAAAAGGCCAACUGAACCGCGCACGCAACAUGAACACGUUAUGUUAAACAUAUGUUAAGUAAUUAUUGUGGAUUAAUGUAUUUCAAUCAACUCGGGGUUGAGAUCGCUACGUAAACGAAGUUAGGAACUCAUUUUGUUGCUAUUCAUUUCACAGCUUAUCGUAACUAUUGACUGUUAUAGAAACCCCAAGAACACAUUUCCAGGACUGCAUUAUUUAUAAACUUCUUGUUCUUUUUUCAAUUUUGGGUAUGGUUUCUUUUUCUGGACAUGACGCGGAUUUCAGCCAGUGUCUCUAAACCGAUCACCUCUACAUUUAGGUGUGCCGUAAAUGGCAUUUAUUUUUCUAUAAGCUUUUUAAUAUUUUAACGUUAAAAUCACAUGAGCCUAUUUAUAUUUAGAAAUUAAAGGACACAAACUACUUCUUAUUUUACUGUAGCGUUGUUUUUUUUAGCUUGUUAAUGGAGUGUUGGAGACAUGGUCAAUUGUUAGCGUAUCAGCUAGUAGCCGUACGAAAGAGAUUCGUUUUCGUUGCUUAUGUUUAGAUUUAUUAAUAUUGUAAAAAUAAUAAAAAUAGUUGCUGAUUUACAUAGAGUGAUCUAAUGUAAGCUUAUCACCUAAAUGAUUCACAAAUGUAUAAUUUAGUUUUCGUUUUAAAUGUCAAGCAUAAAAUGCGUAUCCUGUGAAUUGAUCUAGUCAGUUAUGUUAGGCCAUUAGUUGGUUGAAUUAUAUUUAAUAAAUGUUUAUUUAUCUUGUACCUUAUUAGCUAUUUUAACUAUGGCCAGUCACCAAUUGUGAGUAAUAUGUAGCAUUGUUUUAAACACGAAAAGAAAGUAGUAACUAACUUUAAAAUUGUUAUCAAUUGUACUGACCGUAGUUAGAAUAAUUUAAUGUGAUUAAUUGCUUUCUGUUAAGUCAUUGUGUCUUUAAAAGUCUUUAAGUCAUAUUGUAAGUAAAUUGUUAUUAGAUCUACAUUUUGCGACUUAUAUACCUAGUACUUAUAACAACUACCAAAACGACCUAUAUCUUUUCCAAUCAUAUCCUGAAUAAACGGAAUACCUGAAUCAGAUUUAAAAAAUCUAAUAAAAUAUUUACAGAAUGUAGCGAAAACCAUAGACAUACUAUACGUGUUAUGUACGAGAUUUAUAUAAGAUAUAUUUAUUGCAUAUUAUGUGGAAAAAGUAAAAAAAAAUUAAACCUACCCACGAAAUUAUGGAUGUAGUAUUAGAUAUAAGGAAAAUAUAUUUAACCGUAUUUCUGUAUGAAAUUAUAUGUAGUUUUUAUGUGAAUGAUUGAAUAAUGGAUUUUGAUUAAAUUGUUUUAGGGAAUAAGA